GAGAGAGAGAGAGAGAGAGAGAGGUAGUUUCCUGGUUUGUUGGUUGGAAAUAAUGGAGAUGACAGUAGUGGGGUUCAAUUGGUCAACCUAUGUAAAGAGAGAUAGAGGGACUUUUCAUAAUUCCUCCACACCAUAUUCGUUCCUGUACUCAUUCAUUCCUUUGAUUAUUAAUCAUAGAUAGAUAGCCACCCACCCACCCAAAUAAGCCCACAAAGUCUCCUUUCAUUCUCUCCCCUUCUUAUUCUUCAUUCCUCCCCCGAGACUCUUUCACUCCAUACCUUUCAACAAACAAACCAACCAGUCUUCAAAUAUACCACAACCCUCUCUCUAUUUUUCUCCAUUGCUCACCAGAAAAGUUCCCUCUUUUUAAUCAUUCGUAAAUGGGUUUUGAUGAUAUUUGUAACACAGGCCUUGUUUUAGGUUUAGGUUUGUCAUCAAAGGUAAAAAGUUCCCAUUUGAAGACAGAUGAUCCGAAGAAACCGUGUUUAAAGGUUGAUCAGAUGGCAAAGACUGCCUUAAGUUUUGAGCCAUCACUGACUUUGAGUCUCUCCGGCGAGAUUUAUGAUCAGGUAGCUAAGAAGAUUGAUGCGAAUAAGGCUUGUAAUGGUCAGUCUGCAGAUUUAUAUCGUCAAGACAGUGCUGCUUCAUCGUUCUCUAACGUCAGUGUAAAGAGGGAGAGAGAGCUGGGCAGUGAAGAGGGAGAGAUAGAGAGAAAUUUCUCAAGAGUAAGUGAUGAAGAUGAUGAUGGUCCUAAUGGAAGGAAGAAACUUAGACUCACCAAAGCACAAUCUGCCCUUCUUGAAGAAAGCUUCAAACAACACAGCACUCUUAAUCCUAAACAAAAGCAAGAAUUAGCCAGGGAGCUAAAGCUAAGGCCACGACAAGUUGAAGUUUGGUUCCAGAACAGGAGAGCCAGGACAAAGCUGAAGCAAACCGAAGUGGACUGUGAGUUCUUGAAGAAAUGCUGUGAGACUCUAACAGAUGAGAACAGAAGAUUACAGAAGGAGCUACAAGAACUGAAAGCACUAAAACUUGCCCAACCCUUAUACAUGCAGCUGCCGGCGGCGACCCUCACCAUGUGUCCGUCGUGCGAAAGGAUCGGAGAAAAUAACUCUAAGAGCCCAUUUACCAUAGCUCCAAAACCUCACUUCUACAAUCCCUUCACUAAUCCAUCAGCUGCUUGUUGAUUUUUAGUAUUAGUGAUAUACAUAUAUAAGGGAGUGUAGACCCAUCCACAACCCUACUGUUUUUAGUGCAAGGGGCUUGUAAUGAAAGGUUAAUUUGUAGAAAAAUAGAAAUUACUGAUCAAUUUUCUCCUCAUCUAUAUAUAUAUAUAUAUAUAUAUUUUUGUAUGUAAAUGAUUAAGAAGUAUAUGUUAAUGAAGAUGUUCUUUUUAAUUACCA